AAAAUUUAAACAAUUAAUGAAUUUUUCAAAUUAUCACAUAGUCUUGUUAUUAUAGUUGCAACAAGAUAAUAUCUUAUAUUUUAAUUGGGAAAAAUGACUCUUGGAAGGUUAUAGUCUUGUUUCUACAUCUCUAGUGUGAUUUAGAAGUGGGAACGUCAUAUUAAAUUCUAUAGGCCAAACCUUGUUGAUCUUUUUAUAAUUAGAUUUUUUUUAUUUUAUACACAUCAUACUUGUAUGCACCUCAAAGAAUGGAAAGCCUUCUUGUUGUGAAUGGUGGUACCAUUUUCCAAGGUUAGUUUACAAAUGGUCGGAGAAAUAGUGAUCUUAGAACUAAAUAACAUGAUAGCAAGAUUAUUCAGUAUAUAUGUGAUAUCUCAUAGUUGAAUAAUUUUAUUUAUUGUAUGGAACUCUUGAUGAACUCUCAUUUCUUACUAAGAUCAAACUUUUUUUGGAUAGACCAAACACCAAGAGAGAGAAUAUAAGAUAGACAAAGAGCUAGUCUGAUAGGACACCUGGCCUGUCCAACAAAGGAAGUAUAGUUCAUAGUGGAACCAGACAUGGCAGAGGCGGCUGUACUUCUAGCAAUUCAGAAGAUCGGUGUUGCUUUGGGUGGAGCAGCAUUGAGAGAAGCUAGUUCUCUGUUCGCAAAUGAAGUCUCAUUGUUGACUCAACUACCAAGUAGUAUGACCUGUAUCAAGAGUGAACUUUUGGUAAUGCAAGCCUUCCUCGGUCAUAUAGAUAGUCGAACUGAUAACAAUCAAGUCUUUGAAGCUUGGGUUCAGGAGGUACGGAAACUGGCAUAUAGUAUUAAGGACAUUAUGGAUGAGUAUGUGUAUCUCAUAGCUCAACAACAAGGGAGCGGGUUAGGAGGCUAUCUUAAAAAAGUAGUAAAGAGAUCCCAAUUUGGUUGCCUUCCAUCAAAUUGCUGCUCGAAUGCAGCAGACUCUUCUCAUUUUAUGGAUGAAGAUGACCUUGUGGGGAUUGACCAAAACAAAAAAAAUAUAUCUGAAUGGCUAUCUGACGAGGAUCUGGCUUGGUCUAUAAUAUCCGUGUGGGGCAUGGGGGGAUUGGGCAAAACAACCCUUGUCACCAAUGUAUAUAAAAGUGAGAGAAAAAAGUUUGAAUGUCAUGCAUGGAUAUCCAUCUCACAAACUUACGAGGUGGAUGAACUUUUAAGAAGAAUGAUAAAGGAGCUGAAUGUGGAGAAAGUUCCGAUUGACCUCAAAGGAAUGGACCAUAGAAGGUUAGUUGAAAGAGUGAGGCUUUUUCUAGAGAAAAAAAGAUUUUUGAUCAUAUUGGAUGAUGUAUGGGAUCUGAAAGCUUUCAAUGCUAUUCGUGAUGCCAUUAAUGUUUAUGACAACAAUGGAAGCAGAAUAAUCAUUACAACCCGGAUUGCUGAGGUAGCUUCACUAGCACAUGAUGCUUGGAAUCUUGAGCUCAAGCUUUUGGAAAGCACUAAGGCAUGGGAUCUAUUUUGUAGGAGGGCAUUCCGGAAAGAUGAAGUGAGAAAAUGUCCUCAAGAACUAGAGGAGUUGGGGAAAAAAAUUGUAUCAAAAUGUCAAGGGUUACCACUAGCUAUUGUCUCUUUAGGCAGUCUUUUGUCCCUGAGAGAGAAAACCAAGUCAGAAUGGGAGAAAGUUUAUGAUCAGCUGAGCUGGGAGUUGAAUAACAACCCAAAUUUGGACCAUGUGAAGCAUGUUCUGAAUCUCAGCUAUAACUAUUUGCCGAGAUAUCUUAAGAACUGCUUCUUGCAUUGCAGCAUGUUCCCGGAGGAUCAUGUGCUUCAGAGAAAGAGGCUUAUGAGGCUAUGGGUCGCAGAGGGAUUUGUGGAGGAAAGGGGAUCAAGAACAAUGGAGGAAGUGGCAGAGGACUAUCUCAAGGAGCUCAUCCAUCGAUGCAUGCUUCAAGUUGUAAAAAGGAAUCAAUUUGGUAGAAUAAAACACUGUCGGAUGCACGAUCUUGUACGAGAGUUGGCUGUAUCAUUGUCUAAGAAGGAAAAUUUUAGUGCUGUCCUUGAUGAUCUUCAGAUGGUGGGGAAGACGGGUGAUGAAACACGCCGCCUGUCAGUGCACGGAUACAGUAACGAAAUCCAAUCGAGUAUGGAGUUGCCAAGACUUCGCACUUUCGUGGUGUUUGACCCUUCAAUGUCCUCAUCAUCAUCAUCCUUCUCUUCGCUGUGUUCCAGCUCUAGAUAUUUGACCGUCUUAGAUCUGCAAGGCAUCUCGAUUGAGAGAGUACCAGAUGAAAUCGGGGACUUAUUCAAUCUCCACUUUUUGGGUCUGAGGGACACAAAGGUGAAGGUGCUACCAAAAUCCUUGGGAAGGCUUCGUAACCUGCAGACGCUCGACCUCAUGAAAAGUGAAAUAGAAAAACUGCCAAGCACGACAAGAAAUCUCAAGAAGUUGCGUCACUUGUUUGCCGAGAAGAUUCUCGAUCCAAAUUAUAAUACUCUAAAUGAUCGGAGAGGUGUGCAAGCUCCGAAAGGGUUGUGGAAUUUGAAAGACCUGCAAACUCUCCAAGCAGUGGACGCAAACAUGGAAUUUGUGAGACGGCUAGGCAACUUGACCCAACUAAGAAGCGUUCGGAUAUGGAAAGUGAGCGGCAUCCAUUGCAAAGACCUUUGUGCUUCGUUAUCAAGGUUGCAUCACCUAUACUACUUGUCCCUUACUGCAAGCAACGAGAAUGAGAUUCUCCAGUUGGGAGGCUGGGAUCAUCCACCUCAGCAUCUUCUAAAGCUUGAGCUGGAUGGGCGGCUAGCAGAAGGGACGAUGCAGUUGCCUUUAUUUCGUGCCCUUGGAGCUAGCCUUCGGAGAUUACAUCUGGGUUGGAGUGGGUUGGUAGAGGAUCCAAUUCAAUCCCUCUCUCAGUUGCGCGACCUUGUAUGGCUCAAACUGCACAGGGCAUAUGACGGGCAGCGAUUGUGGUUUCGUGCAGGAUGGUUCCCUAACUUGAAGCGACUCUUGUUAUACGAUAUGCCGCAACUUAAUCAGGUUGAGAUUGAGGAUGGCGCCAUGGCAAGGCUGGAGUACCUAGACCUGGUUGGCCUACCUGCGUUAAAGGAUGUUCCACGAGGCAUCGAAUAUCUCACAUCCCUCCAGGAACUGUACUUGAAGGAUCUGCAUCCAGAAUUCAGAGGGAGGUUCGAAGAAAGCGACGACAAGAACAAGAUUCAGCGCAUCCCUAGUGCCUAUUAUAUUUUUAAGAGAGGCGACGAAACAAUAUAUGAAAGCCUUUCAUGAUCCAUCCCUCUGCCACACUUAUCUAGGACCACCAAGAAAAUCAUUUUAGGGAGUCGAGAACAAGCUCACAAGAUUAAAAUUCUCGCAGAUAUUUUAUUAAAAUUUUCUCUUUCUAGUUAUAAUGUACUUUGCUCAUAAAGACCUGUCUGCCGUGUAUUAUGUGCAUAAGUGCUUGCCCUAUUCUAUUAGGAUCCAUUCAAUAUACUCAAAAUGUGGUGUCUUUAAAUGCUCAUGUAGUCAUGAUGAUGUGUAAUAUAUGUUUUUUUUCAUUAGAUUGCUUAUGUAAUUAACUGGAAAUUACUUUUUCCUAAGAUCUUCUAUUUUUCGGUUGGGUGAGGAUAA